AUGCCACCAAAACUCGGAAAACGAAAGCGCGUCACUCGCGAGGAGAUCCAGCAGCCAUCACGAUCGCCGCCAUCGCCGGGACCACAGCAGUCGGACAGCGAGGAUGGAGAGGACAUGCGGGAUGCGUUUCGCCGGGCGUUCGAGGCGAAGUUCAAGCCAUUGGAUGUAGAGCCUAAGAAAAAGAAAGUCAAAGAAAUUGAAGAGGUGGAGGAAGAAUCUGAGGCAGAAUCAGACUGGUCUGGCAUCGAGUCCGCGGACGACAACAACGAUGGGGUCGAAGUCGUUGAGUACGCGGAUGCCGCACCAGUUGACGAGCAAGAGCACCGGCGGGAGAUGAGAUCAUUCAUGUCCUCAAAGCCCCCCUCCGCCUCGACCGCCCUCUCCAAGUCCGCCCCCAAAAAGCCCACCAAAGAAGCCGACGACCCAACCGAAACCGCACACCUGAAAAAUGACCUCGCGCUCCAACGCCUCCUCCGCGACUCCCACCUCCUCUCCUCAACUUCCACGUCCGGCGUGUCGACGCCCACGCUCGACGCGACGGGCGCCUCGCGCCACAAGUCGACAGACCUCCACCUGUUGUCCCUCGGCGCGAAGGGCUCCAUCCACAUGCAGAAGAACAUGCCCAUGUCGCAUCGGAAGGGCAUGGCGGUGAAGGCGAAGCACAGGGAGGACGUGCGAAGGCGAGAGGCGAAAGAGAACGGUAUCAUUUUGGAGAAGGAGAGGAGGGCGAAGAAGUUCUCGGGCGAGAGGGAUCGCGGGGUCGGUGGUCCAGAUGUUGGGACGUUCAAGGGCGGGAUGCUGAAGUUGAGUAAGAAGGAUUUGGCGGAUAUCAAUGGGGUGAAGGGUAGUUAUCGUGGGAAGGGCGGGAAG